AUGAAAUCAAUUUUUUAUUAUUUUUAUUUAUUGAUUUUUAUUGUCUCACUCAAGUUAACCAUUGUUAAGUCAACAGAUGAAAUAUGCUUAAAUAAUUUAUUAAUUAGUUUCUUUGGAGAAAAAACUAAUCAGUAUUGCACAGGUGGCGAUAUAAUAAAUUCUACUGGGAAUUUAUCUUCUAUAAGUGUUGUUUGUAAUGCACAAUAUAAUAUUGUGGAAUUAUAUAUUGAAAAUAAUGGUGUACUUGUUACAAAAAGUUUAAAUUACAAUGAUUUUAAUUGUUUUUCAGGUUCUCUUAAUACUUUAAAAAUCAAUGGUUUACCUAUAUCAGCUGAUGCAUUUGGAACUGAUAUGCAAACAAAGGUUGCACAACGUAUAGAAUUAACCGAUUGCACAUUCCCAGAUGGUAGAUUUUCCUCAGUUGGAAAUGCUUUAGCAAAUACUACUAAAUAUAUUUCAAUUAAAAUCAAUGAUAAUUCCAAUUUAAAUUUUGUAGAUUUCUAUUCAAUCAAAUACCUUACUUAUUUUCAUGUAACUCUUAAUAAUUCAAAUGUUGAGCCUCCAACCUUUUCUAAUACUCUUCAAACUAGUGAUAAGCCUUCUCUUUCAGAAGUGAAUUUACCUUUAAAAAAUAUUCCAUCAUUUACGUAUCUUUUGAUAAACUCACUCUCAAUAAGUUUGGUUGGAAAUUCAUUCACUGAAGCCGAAUUAUUAAAUUUAGGUACAUUAAAUGUUACUUAUUUAGCAUUAAAAAAAGAAAACCUUGCAAUGGAUUAUCCAAAUUCAAUUUCAAGUAUUACCAAAGUUAUUGGUCUAACUGUAUAUGGUUCUUUUACAGCAAGAGCCAGUGGUUAUUCUCUCCCACCUAAUUUAAAUAAUCUAGUACUUGCACCAGAUGUAAGUUUCAAUUUUAAUGGUAAAUUUCCAUUCCUUGGUACAUUACCACUCAAAUUGACCUCUAUUUCUAUUGGUUCAAUAGGUCUUACAACAUUUCCUGAUAAUUUUCCUCCAAAUAUUGAAAAACUAUCUUUAAAUUAUAACAAAAUGGAUCCACAAACAAAUUUACCAGAUCUUUCAUCUUUUUCUAAAUUAAAAGAAGUUUUAUUAAUAUCAAAUCAAUUCACAGGUCCAAUACCCAAUUCUUAUUGUUUAUUCAAGGUCUCAUUAAAUUCAAAUAAUUUAACUGGUGAUUGGCCUCAAUGUUUAAUUUGUUUCCCAUAUUAUAAUGUAAAUAAUUUGAACGGCAAUCCAUUUUUAAAUAGGGGAACUUGCAAUCCAGGAUCAGGGGUUCCAAAUUUAGAAUAUGAAAGUAGUUCAAAAUAUUUUGAACUUUAUGGAGAAAACCUUGGUUUGGCUCCCCCAACCAUUGAAAAUCAAGCAUUUAAAGAUAUAAUCAUACCAAAUUCAAGAUUUGGAUAUAGUUGGAAUGAAGGGCUAUUAGGACCAGUUCCAGAUAUAGUAAAAGUAAAUAUCUCUUCAAAAAUCUAUUUGAUGGCUACCAAAUAUUUAACACCUCAAAUAAGUACCAUUACAAAAGCUGGUAAUGAUUUCACUUUUAGAGGUAUUAAUUUUUCUUAUAACAAAAACCAAUUUACUAUAAAAAUUGCUGGUGUUGAUUGUGUAAUAAGUUAUAUUGAAUAUGGUAUUAUAAAUUGUAGUAAUAUCGAUUCCGUUCCGUUAGGUCAUUAUGUUCCAGGUACAUUGGAAAGUCAAAAAUCAACAGAAAUCAUUACAUUCUACAUUAAUACAAUUGAUAAUAAAACAUCUGACAUUAUUAAAUGUAAUUCUGAUUGUAAUGAACCUUUAGGUAAUGGAAAAUGUAAUACUACCAAUGGAAUUUGUGAAUGCACUCAACAAUAUACCAGUGAUGAUUGUAGUUUACCAAAUCAAUUCAUUACAUCAGUAUCAUCAGUACCAACAAACGGUGGUGUUGUUGAUAUCUGGGGUUGGUUUGGUACAAUACAUUCAGGUUUAUCAAUUAUGAUUGGUCAACAAGUUUGUCAACAUGAUGUUAAUUCAAUUACUAGUAGUUUUAUAAAUUGUACAGUUGGUGCUGGUAGUGGUACACAAUCAAUUACUCUCACUCAAAAUGGUAUUACAUAUACUGGUAAUAAUAUGUUCCAUUAUACUGAAUUAACAUAUAGUUGUCCAAAAGAUUGUUCAAAUAAUGGUAAAUGUAAUACAAAUACAGGUCAAUGUAAAUGUAAUAGUGGAUGGGGUGGUUAUGAUUGUAAUUCAAAAUCAUCAACUGGUGGCGAAACUACAUCAACAUCAUCAACCACAGGUACAACUACACCAACCUCAUCACCAGUAAUUGAAAUUCCAAAAACAAAUACAACCAUUAAUGGAACUGAUGGUUCAACUGUUUUGAAUAAUCAACAAACAACAUAUGAAAUUUCAAUUUUAUCAUUAAUUGAAACUGAUUUUUCAAAUAAUAUUGUGAAUACAUAUAACUUGUCAAAGAAAUGGGAUCCUGUAAAUAUUACAUCAAAUAAUAUCUAUAAAUUUACCCAAACAAUUCAAGAAUCAUGUAUUAUCACAUACACUAUUGAAGAAGUUAAAACAGCAAGAGAAUAUCGAUGGGCAGGUUUAGAUUUAACAUUGGAUAAAGAUUCAAUCAAAAUUUCAGUCUCAAUUAAAAAUUACACUUUUAAUAGUGUUUUAAAUAAUCUUCAAUUAAGAUUUGAAUCAUUAGUAGGUGAUAAUAAUAGAAAUACUCAAGAUAAUAAUGAAUGUAAUAAUAGAGAUACUCAAGUUGAUACAAGUGAAAUCGAUAAAAAUCAAUUAUUAAAUUAUGUAACAAUAUCAAGAAAUCAAAAAGUUUUAUAUGGUCGUUUCAUUAAUAGAGUUAUUAGUGACUCAAGACAAACUUUUAUAACAACCUCUGUAAUUCCAAAUAAUAAUAAUAAUAAUAAACAAUCAGUGGUCAUUGGAUUAAAUCUUCCACAUUGUACACAUGAAUGUUUAAUUGAUCCUGAUUUCUCUGUUUUGGUUUCAUCAUCUUAUCAAGAAUGUUCAAGUGAUUUAAAUAAUGGUGGUCGUGCCAGUUGGGUAUUACCUGUUGCUAUCGUUGUACCUUGUGUUGCUGUUGUUUUAAUCAUUAUCAUUGGUUUUAUUUUAUUUAAAAAGAAUCGUUUGGCAUUUUUAGUCGCCAAAAAUAAGAUGAAAGGUCUCAAAUUAAAAGGAUUAUCAUAA